CCCUCAUUCACUCAUCCCAGCCUAGCGCAUGGUGAGGGAAGCAGUGCGGUGGUGUGAGAGACCAGGCAGGAGUUAUCCUCACACUGUGAGAGACAGAGAGAGAGAGAAAAAGAAAGGAAACAAGAGAGAGAGGGAGCAAAAGAGGAAGAAGCAAAAAGGGGGAAUUAAGGAAAAAGAGAGAAACAUUAAGCGCAUGGUAAAAGGUUUAUAUGGCUGACUGAGAGAAAUGUAUAUAUAAACAGAUGAGGAGAUAGAAGCAGGGUGGAAAGGCUAGAAGCAUGUGACAGAGUGAAAGAGAGCAGACAGAGCGAGAGCUUUUGUUGUUAGACUAGAAGCACACGAGAAGCAGACACUGACUCCCAGACACUGGGUUCAAGACAGGGAAGAGAGAGGGGAGAGAAAGAGACGUAUACCAUGCUAAGGAGAAAAAGGAGCGUGUCAUUUGGAGGGUUUGGAUGGAUCGACAAGAAUACGGUCAGUGCACUCAGAGCAAGGAAGCAGGAGAGAGAGCUGGUGACCAUCUCUAAUCCCCCGGCAGACUCUCCCCCUUCUCCCCCACGCACCGCACCCCCAACAAUGAAGUCUGCCCAUUUCUUUGACACGAUAGAGAAGAUGGAGAAUGACUACAUCCCAUACCCCAGGAUAGAGGAGGUCCUGGAGAGGGGUGGUCCAUACCCACAAGUGAUCCUGCCUAAGUUUGGGGGGUACUGGAUUGAGGAUCCUGCUGCCCCAGUCCUGACACCUCCUUCUCAGGACCCUGGUCUGUAUGAAAGAGUGGAUGGAGCGCAAGGAGGAGAAAAGGAAGAGGGGGACGCUCCCCCAGGUGGUUAUUGGUUCCGGCUGGAGUCUAACGAUGCAGUUUGUGCCUAUAGGAAGCACUUCCAGGGAAAGGAGCACUUGAAUUUCUACUGUACGGCCAGUAGUCAUGGCAACCUCAUUAUGUCUGUGAAACAUGACGAAGUGAAGGGGCAGGAGUAUCUGCACAUUAUCCUCAGGUCUAGGAUGAAGACAGUGUAUGAUAGGAUAUCUUUAGCAGACCUUACUGAGCUUCCCAGUGUCCCUCAACUAGCCAAGCUGCUCUGUGAGGAGGCAGUUGGUGUGCGGUUCUGUCCAGUUUUAUACCCCAAGGCCUCCCAUCUGAUAAUGAGCUACGAUGAGCAUGAGGUGAACACCACCUUCAAGUUUGGGGUCAUCUACCAGAGAUUUGGGCAGGUAUCAGAGGAGGAGUUGUUUGGGAACAGUGAGGAGACACCUGCAUUCACAGAGUUCCUAAGUCUCCUGGGAGACACUGUAGAACUACAUGACUUUAAAGGGUUCCGUGGCGGUCUGGAUGUAUGUCAUGGUCAGACGGGUUCUCAGUCGGUCUACACACACUACAGAGAACUGGAAAUCAUGUUCCAUGUCUCGACAAAGCUGCCCUACACAGAAGGAGAUAUGCAACAACUCCAGAGGAAGCGACACAUCGGAAAUGACAUUGUAGGAGUGGUGUUCCAAGAAGAGGCCACGCCCUUUGUGGCGGACAUGAUUGCCUCAAACUUCCUCCAUGCGUUUAUACUUGUGCAGGUGGAGAACCCUUGUACUGAACUCACCACCUAUAAGGUAUCCGUGACGGCACGAGAGGAUGUUCCUCCAUUUGGUCCGCCCCUCCCUAACCCUGCAAUCUUUAAAAAGGGUCCAGAGUUCAGAGAGUAUCUGCUCACCAAGCUGAUAAAUGCAGAGAACGCCUGCUACAAGAGUGACAGAUUUGCCAGGCUAGAGGAGCGGACACGGGCAGCACUGCUCGACAGUCUCCAUGACGAGCUGCACAGACACAGCCAGUGCAUGCUGGGAGUGGGAGUCAACUCUGAGGAGGAGCGGGCAGAGAAUGGUCAUUCCCACAGAGGACUGUUGGAGUCCAUCAAGGUCAGAAGCAUGACCAGAUGGACAAGGACAGGGACAAUCCUGGUGGGAGGAAUGGUCAGCAAAGUGGCAGCUGGAAUCGUCAGGCAUCGUCCUGAUCUGCAACACAACCAGGAGGACUUCGGACAGGGACAGCUAAGAGUCUUUCAAGCCUUGUACUUCAAAGGUGGGGUCUAAGACCUUGUGCCCUUCUAAUUUUAAAUGGAGCAGGAGGCAAGGAACAUUUUGAGUGCAAUCCUUAGAUAAAAAAUUGGGUGGAUUGGCUGGAAGUCAAUCCACCCACAUUGCCAAGCAUCAGCCAAAGGGACACCAACCAACCGCAACAACCCUGAAAGAGGGCAGGGUAUCGCCUACAGAGUUCACUCCUAUUGUUCGAGGUCCGCAUCGGAGAAACAACAGUAAGCCAGUGACUCCACCCCUGAUUGUAAUUGGAAAGAGGGCGUGCCAGUGGAGGUGAGAGCCUGUUUGGCAAGACAGCAAGAGCGGACAUUGUCAAGCCAGAAAUAACAAUUUCUGAAUGUGUUCAAAUUUGGUCCUAAAUAAAAAUAAAUCUGUUUAAAGUCAUAAACAAAAGAAAAUGCCAUGUCUUCUCCUUAUGUGCCACUAAUUACACUGAUAUUUUCCUGGAAAAAAAGUACAGAAACACAUGAUAAGAGCCAAAAUGGCGUCAGUUUCCAUAUAUACAAAAUGUUGUUGUUUUCCCCAGUUUACUUCUUCUGGCAUUGUCUUCAACAAGGUAGCAGACUUUCUUUUGGGCAUUUGUAACCAAAACACGGACGGACUGGUGUACAGUCUUUCAUUAACCUCCAUUUAUGGCUUCGCUAUCGGUCUAGCUUUGCUAUGGUGGCGGCGGUGUGGCACGAAGGUAUACUGUGAAUGGGGCAGAGAUGGGAGAGGACAGUGGAGGGGAGUGUCACUAGACUAGAGAAUUGUUAUCAGAUAGGGGGUAGAGGGAGGGGUAAGAAGGGGAAGAUUCUUGGAAGGGUUGAUAGCCCGUCUGUGCUAUUGCAUUUUGAGGAGGACAGGCUGCCAGACAAAGUUACCUUAGUGGCCAAACCGCUUAGGUGUUUUAACUGUCAUAGGUUUGGCCAUGUGGUGGCCCGGUGCAGGGAGAAGAGGUGUGCUAGAUGUGGGGGGGGGUCAUGAGUACGGGACAUGGUGAGAGUGUGCCGCCCAAGUGCUGUAGUUGUGGGGGAGCUCAUAGUGUGGCGUUUGGUGGUUGUGCGGUAAUGAAACAGGCGAUGAGGGUACAGGAAGUGAGAGUGGGGAAAAGGAUAUUGUAUGCUGAGGCAGUGAGGUUAGUGAAACAGCAAAGGGGUGAGGGAGUGAGGGAGAACAUGGCUGAUGCAGAGAGUGGGAGGUUGGAAGAGAAGGCAGGUGGAGAGGAGGGUUAUGUUGAAAAGAGGAAAUUGGUGGCGUUUAUUGCUGGAGUGGUUAGUGGAUAGUUGUGCUGAUAUUAAAUCAAAGACUGUACGGAUUCAGGUGGUAGUUAAGUUGGCAGAGAGGUAUUUGGGGGUGAAAAGGUUGACAUGGGAAGGGAUCCAAGAAGACCUUACUCAGCCGAGGCCAUAGUCAUGUCCCUCUGGAUCUUAGUUAUGGUGGUGGUCUUACAAUGGAAUGCUAGAAGCCUGAUCGCGAAUGGACAGGAAUUCAAGCAGUUCAUUGAGGAUAUGCCUGUAAAGCCUCACAUAGUUUGUAUUCAGGAAACGUGGCUGAAACAUCCUUGGAGUUUGUUUUGCUUAUGUUGGUGUGUGGAGGGAUAGAAAUGGAGGUGGGGGGGGUUGUUGUGCUACAUUUGUGAAAGGGGGGUUUCCGUACAGGGUGCUGGGAACAGAAUAUGUAGUGGUAGGGGUUUGGGUGAAUAGGGUGGAGUUGAAGGUUUUAAAUUACUAUAACCCUGUAAAAAGUUGGUUUUGGAGGCACUAGAAGGGGUGGCAGGUCAGGGUGUGUGUAAGGAGAUGUGGUGUGGGGAUUUUAAUGUGCAUAGUGUUCUUUGGGGAGGUGUAUGGACAGAUUGUUAUGGACAAGUGGUUGAGGAGCUCAUGGACUGGAGACAGUUGGUGUGUCUGAAUGAUGGGAGAGGGACGAGAGUAGAUAUGCGUACGGGAGAGGAGUUUGUGUUGGACUUGACUUUGGUGGCUAGUGAGUUGGUGGGAUUAUGUGAGUGGGAGGUUGAGGGUCGAUUUAUGAUUGGUAGAUUAUUUCAGUGGCAAUGGGGCAGAGGGGGAAGGCGGAAACAGUAGAAGGGUUAGGGAGGUGGGUGUUCAGUAAAGCGGAUUGGGAUACAUUUCAGUGAGUGAGUGAGCAGGGGAUGGGAGGUGGUGAGGAUGGGUGUAGGGAUGUGGAUAGUCUGAAUGCUGUGGUGUGAGCUCAGCCUUAAUUUCUGGAAAGAGACAGUAAAUAUACCUGUUUGGAAACCAGGUGGGAGGUACGACAUAUAACUGGAUAAAAAAUAUAUAUAUAUCAGAGGAUCGUACGAGUUAGGAUUGGACGGUCCUUUUCAGGCAAGUAUAUGGUGGAAAAUGGUACACCACAAGGCAGUGUGAUUAGCCCUUUAUUCUUUUUAAUUAUUAUUAAUGAUGUGUUUUCCCAGGUGGGGGCAGGCAUAGGGAAGUCGUUGUUUGUAUGAUGGGGCACUCUGGAAGAGGGGUAGAAAUGUGGCAGGAAGCAAUUGACAGGAAGCAAUUGAGGACCUAGAGAGAUGAGCGUUGGAAUGGGGGUUUAGAUUCUCAGUGAGCAAGACACAGACCAUGAUUUUUACGAGGAGAAAAGUGGGUUGGAGUUGCAGUUGAAAUUGUAUGGGGAGUGUGUUGAGAGAGUAACGGCGUUCAGGUUUCUGGGGAUCGUUUUUUAACCUAGGCUGACCUGGGUCGGGCAUGUGCAGAAGGUGGUCAGGAAGUGUAAGAAGGUGUUAAAGGUGAUGCGGUGCUUGACGGAAGUGGCGAGGGGGCGGAGCAUUCCUCUUUGAAGACAAUGUACAGUGGGGAGAACAAGUAUUUAAUACACUUCCGGUUUGA